GGGAAUAAUCGGUCAAGUCGAUUUCGUUCCGACCACUUUGAUACCUUUACUCUCAUUAUAAAGUCUUAGUGUCCGUAUCCUAGUUUUAUAAUACACUCUAAUGUGUUACAACGCUCGUUUUAUAUCUAACUGUAAGAUAGUCAGUGUUGUGCUAUUGACGUUCAGUUUGUAAUAUUUGCGAAUUAAUCAUAACACUGUAAUAACAAGUUGUUGUAUAGAAAAUCUAUAUCGCUAAUGCGAGUCUUACCUUUGGUAAAUGAGUAUAUAAUAACAUCUACAUUUAUGUAUAUGAUAUCUUUGACAUGUUUUAUUGGAUUAACAAUGCUUCUGGCCUUGUAUCCUUGUAAAAUGGCGCCUCGCCCGACGUUAUUAUUAUUACAUUCGAAGCGAACUUCGUGACGGUCUCCAUUCUCCAUCCCCCCGCUUCGACGCUCCCCGCGGAUGCGUAUCCGAUUGUCGCGAGUCGAGACUGGCGUUUACGACUUGUCAAACAAGUUAGGUUAUUGAGAACUAUUAGAACUAUUGUAUAGUAAAAUUAUGAGAAAUGGAAGCCAUUGUGUUUUUAUAACUCAUGUCAGCUGGGUCACAAAUUCAGAUGGCACCACAAACUACUGUCAACACAGGGCAGCCACUUCAUAAUCAGGACUCCAAUAUGAGCACAGGGUCAUCGCAUAGUGAUAAAGAAGUGGAUGCAUUGACUCCUGAAAAAUCUGCGGCUAUGAGAGGUUCAAAUGCAGUUCCCGGCAGUGCCCUAGUACCACCCAGUGGUGCCACACCAACUAUAGCAAUGCCAGAGAGGAAACGGAAAAGAAAAGGCGAAGAGGGCGUAGGUGGUGGUGGGGGAGGAGGUGGCAAGCAAAGGCACAAUUCAUCAGAUAAAAAUAUCAGAGAAUAUUUUGCUAAGCACCCUUCAUCCAGUCCCGUCCGCCUAGCUGGAGCCAAGUCACCUUCACCGCAAGGUGCCAAUUAUCCUAUGUACCCACCGUCACCUUCAUCACUGCUUCCAUCAGCAAAUGACUUUUUACGUUCCGCCUCACAACAGAGACCUCACACUUCUGUAAAACAGAUUCAGACAGAACUGACAUGUGAGAGGAUACAAGAGUUAGAAACUCAAGCCUCGUCUGACUUAGAAGUAAGAAAUAAUAGAAUAGAUGAUUUAACAAGAAGUAAUGAGGAAUUAAAACAUCAAGUUCAAGCUCAGAGCAAGGUAAUAGACCAACAUAAGUCACACAUAAAUAAAUGUAUAGAAGUGGUUAAAAAAUUGUUAAAUGAAAAAAGUACUAUUGAAAAGAAGGAGGCUCGACAAAGGUGUAUGCAAAACAGAUUAAGGCUUGGUCAGUUUGUUACACAGCGUGUUGGAGCCACGUUCCAAGAAAACUGGACUGAUGGUCAUGCAUUUCAAGAGCUUACUAGGCGGCAGGAGGAUAUAACGACUGAGAAGGAGGAAAUUGAUCGCCAAAAGAAGCUGUUGCUGAAGAAGCGGCCGUCGAACAACGAGGGUGGCGGCGGACGUGGCAAGAGGACGUCCAGCGCCUCCGCCCCGUCCACGCCACAGCCACAGCCGCUCCACAACGGCACCGACGCACCGACCUUCCUCAAGCCGGACCCUCUACCCAGCAUGACCUGGCAGGAAUACUAUGAGGCUGAUGAAAUAUUAAAGCUAAGGCAGAGUGCCUUAAAGAAAGAGGAUGCAGAUUUGCAGCUAGAAAUGGAGAAAUUGGAAAGAGAAAGAAAUCUGCACAUCAGGGAACUAAAACGGAUACACAAUGAAGAUCAGAGUCGUUUCUCACAACACCCUGUACUAUCUGAUAGAUACUUGUUACUGAUGCUAUUGGGCAAGGGCGGGUUCAGUGAGGUGCACAAGGCGUUCGAUUUGCGCGAGCAACGGUACACAGCCUGCAAGGUUCACCAACUGAAUAAGGAUUGGAAGGAAGACAAGAAAGCCAACUACAUCAAACAUGCUCUACGGGAAUAUAAUAUUCACAAGGCGUUGGAUCACCCACGAAUUGUGAAGCUUUAUGAUGUGUUCGAAAUAGAUGGGAACUCAUUUUGUACAGUUCUAGAGUACUGCAAUGGACAUGAUCUCGAUUUCUAUCUCAAACAGCAUAAAACAAUUCCGGAGCGCGAAGCUAGGUCCAUAGUGAUGCAAGUGGUUUCAGCAUUAAAGUACCUGAAUGAGAUCAAACCACCCGUCAUCCACUAUGACCUGAAGCCUGGCAACAUACUGCUGACUGAGGGGAAUGUCUGCGGUGAGAUCAAGAUUACAGACUUUGGGUUGUCCAAAGUUAUGGAUGAGGAGAACUACAACCCUGAUCAUGGCAUGGAUCUAACCAGCCAGGGUGCUGGCACUUACUGGUACUUGCCACCAGAGUGCUUCGUAGUAGGCAAGAACCCACCAAAGAUCAGUAGCAAGGUGGACGUGUGGAGCGUCGGUGUCAUCUUCUACCAGUGUCUGUACGGCAAGAAGCCGUUCGGACACAAUCAGAGUCAAGCUACUAUACUAGAAGAAAACACCAUUCUUAAAGCCACUGAGGUUCAGUUUGCUAAUAAACCCACUGUCAGUAAUGAGGCUAAGAGCUUCAUCCGCGCGUGCCUCGCCUACCACAAGGAGGUGCGCAUCGACGUGUUCGGUCUGGCCAAGCACGAGUACCUCCAGCCGCCGAUGCCGAAGCCCCGCGGCGCGGCGGGCGGCGGCGCUGGCGCGGCGGCGGGCGCUGGCGGGGCGGGCGGCGCGGCGGGUCCGGGCGCCGGCGGGGCGGGCGGCGCGGCUCCGGCGGCCUUCAGCGCGGGCCUGUUCGCGGCGGGGUCGUCGUCCUAGCCGCGCCGAGCGCGCCCGCGCCGCCCGCGCCCGCCGCGCCCCUGACGCCGAGGCGCGCCCCCGCCGCCCCACAGUGAAAUGACUAUAUCAUUUACGGAUUAAAUUGUUUAAGAUUAUGCUUACUGUUGACUGUAUUUAUUGAGCGGGUGAUAAAAUGUGAUUCGCCAUUCAUGAAUGGUUUCAUCCUUUUGUCACUAGAGAGGAAUCCUUGGGACUAUCCCUUGCAUAUUAUAUAAGUUAUCCCUAUUAAAAAAGUUAAAAAUUA